UUGAACAUUAAUGUAACGUAUUUUUGUUCUAUAGUUUAUAUAUCCCUGUUUAUGCUGGAUACAUCUUAGUUGUUAAUACAUGUAGAUUGUGAUACUUUCCAUGGCAUUACUUAAUUCUUUUUUAGUUAUUAUAAUGUAUUUUUAUGAGCUCAGUCAUAAACUUUCCCCAUAGGAUAGCAUAUAUCAACCUCCUUUUGACAAAGACUAAACUGAAAAUAAUCUUCUAUAAAGUUUAUUCCUAAAGCCCAGAGUUGACUUUCACUGGCUAUGGUUGCAUGUGCAUAAUUAUACUUAUAUAGUAAACAUUAGGACACCUUUUCAUAUCAAUAUCAAUUAGAGUAUGUUGCUAUGUUGCUGCUGUACUUACAUAAUAGUACUAUUUAUGACAAAUGGACACUAUAUGCAUGCAUUCAUUUUCUUCUGAUAGAUAAUACAUCACACUACAGACCUUAUUGUUUGCUCCUGCAUGUACUAUUAGAAUCCUAUUUCCUUCACAUGACAAAAACUAAUAUAGUGACUUUUUUUGAUUACUGAUUGCGCUACUAAGAAAUGUUAUGAUUUGCAAUGAACAAUCAAAACUAAUGCCUCAAUUUGUUUCUGUUUCACAAGCAGAAAAGCAUCAUUUUAGUUGUUGGACCAUGACUAUAACAAACAAGAUAAUGGAAUCAAAUUUGUCAGUAUAUAUUAUUAUCAGCUAUAGACAUUUGUAGUUUUAUGUCUUUUGCCCUAAAAUUAUUAAGUUCAAUUAAAAUAGCUUGUCAGUAUUGUACUAACUUUAGGGAUUUUAGCAAGAGAUCUGUAACAUUUUAGUUACAAAAAAUUGAUUAAUUUUAAGCCAAAACUUGCUGUGUGCUGAAUUUAAAAAAUUAACUUUAGAUUUAUCUUUCUAAACUAUUCUAUUAACUAAUUUUCAAAAAUUGUCAUUUGCAGGACUUUUAUGUUCAUGAUCAUACUCUAUUUAAUAAUGUUUUGAAUAUUAUUAAUGAUUGUGAGAGUAAACAUCAAUUCCCUAUUCUAAACUAAAAAAGAACUAGUCACGUAUGCUAUAUGCUAUAUACAACUGCAGCCAUUUGUUGACUAUUUUAUUGAAGAGUAAAAAAUGUCACUGAUAGUGAUGAUCUUUUUGCUACUCCUUACAAAAGUCACUAGUCAUUGUUCAUCACCCUCAGGUAAGAUACUAUACUUGUAGAGAAGGUGUUUCAGGUGCUAGAAUUGAUGUCACUUGUAGCCAUACUAAGCAGUGCACUAAAGAAUGUGUGUUGCAAAACCUUUUCUGAUCCUAUGCAUGCAGCUACCAUUAGUUACAUGAUAUUCUUAUAUAGGUAUAUACUUGAUGUAUAGAGGAGAGUGCUAUCUCAAUGGAUCAUACUUUCAUGAUGUAGCCAUCAGAACACACUACCUAAUGUGUGUAGCCACUGGAUCUACUUUGAAUGGUGGACAGUGGGUUAGAGCUAUUGAUGGAAAUCCUGUUAUCUGUCACAGCAACAGUGACACUGAUCCAUUUCGCUGUGAUAGCCUUGCCUCACCAAAUGCUAGUCUAAGCCUGUACUUACCAAAUGGGCAAGCUCUUUUGCCUGAAAGAGAAGGAUUUUAUAAGUGCUGUUUACCUACUGGUUGUUUAGAUCCCAAUACUAAUGUUAUUACCGCUAACAUAUUCAGGUGGGCUCAGAUUGCUGGGAUCAAAUUUGAACUCCUUUCAGAUAUGACAAUGCUACCACAGCAAUAUGCAUUACAUGCCAUCAAGAUUGGUCGAAUGAAUCAUACAUUUUUACUAGCUGCUACUUGGUAUUAUGAGACUGGAGAUACUAGCAGCAACCUUACUAGUGUAUGCAAUGAACAAGAAUACAAUUGCACUGUUGGUUCUGGAGUACUAUUACAUACAAUUAAUGGAACAUAUGAUUAUAGUGUAACUAUUACAUGGAAUGGAGAGAAUAACAACAGAGGAAUAUUGAAUCAAGCAAACAGCAAUGGAGAUCAUGUAUUUAGAUUUUAUUUACAGUUUGGCAUUUCCCAUGAGAAUGUUGUUAGGAAUCGUUAUUAUACAGUUACAGUUCCUGCAUCAACUCCAUCUAAUUUAAGUGUCACUAGUGGAACAGCUUCAACCAUAUCACUUUCUUGGAAUGCACUUGGAUCAAUUGAUGCAGAUGGAUAUGUAGUCAAUGUUACCAUAGGCACAAGUAUCAUUCAGACAGUACAAAUAGAGGGAGGAAAUAGUAAUAAAACAACACUGAAGGGCCUAGCAUCUGGAACCAUCUACAGCAUAACUAUAAGAGCAUAUCAGCAAUUACUGGGACCAGCCAGUAGUGCAAUAUUGGGGCAAACAUUACCAGUUGUUGGAGUUGCUGUUGUCAAGAAGAGUGGACAAAGCAUAUCAUUUAACUGCACUGCUAAUGGUAUACCAACACCUACCAUAGUAUGGAUGAAAGACGGACAAUUAAUUGUUCCAAACAAGAAAAGGAGUAUAUCAGUACAGUUAUCUGCUGGAUUCCAUUCAAACAAUAGUUCAAAUAUAAGUCAAGUCACUAGCAACUUGACAAUUAGUGAUCUUACUGGAUCUGAUAAUGGCAGUUAUUUUUGUAGAGCUGAUAAUAAUGCAAAUAUUGGAACUGUAUUGAAUACAUCUUACCAACUGGCAGUUAUAGAAUCUCCACUGACUAAUUUUUGUCUCAGCUCUCCUUGUGUAAAUGGUGACUGUCAAAGCUUGUCUGAUGCCUACUAUUGUUUGUGUUCAGAGACACAUACUGGAAAAAACUGCCAAGAAAAAGUCACAAUCAAGAUUAAACCAAAAAUUACUGAGCCACCACAGACGACAACAGGUGAACUUUACUCUCCAGUAAAUCUCACUUGUAAAGCUACUGGUUCACCAUUUCCAUUAAUUCUCUGGUACAAAGACAAAAAGUUAUUUGUUAACAGAAAUUCCAACCCUUCUAUACUGGUAUUUGCUGAACUGACACUGAAUGAUAGAGGAAUCUAUCAUUGUGAAGCUAGUAACAUUAUUGAUGGAAGAAAGAUGUCAGCUAAUUCUUCUUCUGUAGUACUCAAUAUAACAAAUGUGGUACAAUACAAAGCAGAAAUGCAUCUUUCUACAAAUUCCUAUGUGGGAACAAAUGACUCAAUGGAAAACACAAAGCAGUUGAUGAUACAAAGUAACAAUUACUUAUCAGGUAGCAAUAUUAGUGACACUUCAUUGUUUUACAUCAAAAUACAACUAAACCCUGAUGAACUUAGCCUUGGAACUAACAAUGAUAGUUUACUAGUUGUGGUAACAUUGGUAACACAAAAAGGUCAAGGUGACAAAAUCCUAUUAAAUGGUGUAAGGCAUGUAUUGAAUUUUAUUCAGCAAUUUGCUCUGCCAACAUUUGUCACUACUGUUGAGAGAUUUGAUGGCUGUCCUUCAAAUUUUACAAUCAUUCCUUCUCAUUCUGGUAACCCAAACCUUACCAUCACUAUUGUUUGGCCUGAAACUAAUAUUGGUGUACUAGCAGUGGUUGAUUGUCCAUGUGGUACUAAUGGCACAUCAGGUGGUGGUAAGCUACAAGCUACACGUUAUUGUGGAGGUGAUUUUACUAAUGGAGCAGUUUGGGAUGCACCUGAUGUAAUGAGAUGCAAUUUCAGUGACUUAGCUAGAACUCUUUGCCAUCUUAAAGAUUUACCAGUUGAAGAAAGGAUAAAUGAGCUUGAGGCAUUAACUAGUGACAGCAGUGCACUAGGACCUACUGAAGUUGCUGCAAGUAUAAGUGCAUUAGUUUCUGCUACCGGUGAGCUUGAAGGAAAUAUAACAUUAACAACAACUUUUCUUGAUACUGUUGAUAACAUUUUAGUUGUAAAUCAGGAAGUUUUACAAAAAAGUCAGGAAUCAUCUAACACCUCUUCAAGGAUAUUAGAUGCUAUAGAGAAUGUAGUUGGUGACAUUAAUAUCACCAAUUCUUCAGAGCCAGUAGUCAUUGCGCGGAAUCAUUUUGCAGUUUUAGUCCAGCAAAUUGAUCUUAAAGAGUUAAAUGAAUCAAGUCAAGUGUUCAGUGUAAAUAUUGGUGACUUUGCCACACAAAAUAUCAGCUGGGAUGAUCUAUCAUUUGGAAGUAACUCAGUCUCUCCACCAACUGGCUCUAUUCAGUUACCUAGCAAUCUUCUCUCUUCUUUAUCUAAUAAUUUGUCUGAUGAUAGUAAAAUUGCUUAUGCUGUUUUUGUGACUGAUUCACUCUUUCUGAGACGUAAAAUUAACUAUUGGACGGUCGGUAGUAUCAUCAUAUCAGCCAAUGUGGUGGGAAUUGGGCCAGUUAAAGGUCUUAAAUCUCCUGUUAAUCUUACUUUUCAGCUAAAUCCAGACAUCAAUGGAUCAUUUCCACAGUGUAGUUUCUGGAAACAAUCAUUAGAUAAUGGAUAUGGUGAUUGGUCUAAUGAUGGAUGUAACACUUCAGUGGAUCCUAAAUAUGUAACAUGUCAUUGUGAUCACUUGACUAAUUUUGCUGUAUUACUGGAUGUUUCUCUAAAUAAUGAACCAACUGAAAGAACAGAGUUGACAUUGUUUCUUGAUUCAAUAUCAUAUGUUGGUAUCAUGGUGUCCAUUGUUUGUCUUAUCAUCACUAUAAUAUCUUACCUCUUAAGCAAGAAGCUAAGGUCAUCUGAUCAUGGUCAACUACUCCUUAAUCUUUGUUUUGCUCUUUUGGGCCUCUAUCUCUCAUUUAUUGUAGCUCUUCAUAGCAAAAACAUAAAUAUUUUUUGUGCCUUCUCUGGUGCUGUUCUUCAAUAUUUUUUUCUUGUCACUUUUAUUGUGAUGGCUGCUGAAGCUAUUCAUCUAUAUAUUAAACUUGUCAUAGUUUUAGGUCGCAAAAUAGAGAACUAUGUUCUGAAGGCAACUGUGGUAUCAUGGAUUGCUCCAGUUUUUGUUGUGCUGUUUUGCUUUUCUCCAGACUACAAGAGCUACAUCAGUGAUCCUCCAAAUUUUUGCCGUGCCUUCAGAGCUCCAUUUUAUAUCGGUAUGGUGGUUCCUUUUGUUAUUAUCUAUCUGUUCAACUGCAUCAUAUUUGUUGUCAUCAUGGUUUCUCUUUUGCAUAAAACACACUCAUUAAAACUGAAUGAUGCAAAAAUGAAGAAAGAUAAAGAUUCAAAGUCUUUUUUAAAGCAACAAUUGAUAAGAGCAAUCACUCUCUCCAUCCUCUUUGGCUUAGGCUGGGGACUUGGACUGCUUGUCACUGAGGACAUUUAUACCAGCGAAACUCUACGUGAUUUAAUAGCUUCUGUUUUUGUUAUUUUGACUGGAUUUCAUGGGCUUUUUCUUCUUAUAACGUACUGUCUACGCUCUGAAGAAGCUCGCCAUGUCUGGAAAAAUAUUCUCUUUUGUGGAAAAGAUAAGGAAUUCAGCAAGCUUUCCUUAUCAAAUUUAAAUAAAACUUGGAAAAAAUCUCCUAACACUACAAAAAUAUCUUAUAAUUUGGCAACCUCGCUGAAAAAAGAUCAAGCUGAAGAAGGUAGUCAAAUGAGAUCAUAUGAGUACACCAAAAAGAACGAGACAGGAAAAAAAGAAGUACAUAAAGAUGAAGGCAAUUUUGAUUUAAACAACCCAAAUGAUGGACAAGCUACUUUAAGGUUUUAUGCCAAAAAAUACAAUGAUAACGAAGCUCAAUUUGAUAUUCUAAAUGAUGAGAGCAGUGAAAGUGAGGUUGAGAUGGAUGAAAAAAACUGUGAAAAAUAUCACCAAAAUAAACACUGCUGAGGUCAAGUUAAAGAUUAACAAACAAUCCUUAAUUAGAUACAUGUCAUUCUUGUUUGUAUUGUAAACUGCUUUAUCCCUAAUUAUAUGUAGAUCUGUAGAUUAGCUACUAUAAAUUUUUAUCAAGUUAUUGUAAGAUAUGUAUACAAUAA